AACAUCAAUAGAGCGUUUACAAAAAUGAUUUAAAUAGAACAACUCCAAAAGUAGCAGCUAGUCAACCGUGAACCCACAGUGAAACAUAUCAGAACAGAGAAAAAUUAGAAGCUUAGGUUUGUGUAUUCGCGCAGUUAUCACCAUGGAAGACAAAACCGGAAGUUUAGAAGAAAAUUUACAACCUCAAGGAAAUGCAUCUUUGACGAAAAAGAAUUUUCGGAAAAGAUCUGGAACAACAGACAAAGGAAAGAAGUACGAAAAUAUGAUAAUUGCCAACAUCGUACUUCGUAUGGUAAGCACCGAAAAAGUAAAAAACUUCUACGUUUCGUCGAACGAUGCAAAUUUUGGAGCCUUCGAUGAUGUAGUCAUUGAAGUGGAAACAAAUAAAGGAAUCCAAUCAAUGGCCGUACAGUUAAAACACAGCAAUAAACCAGGAAAUUUAGUUAUAGCACGACUAGCAAGCGAAAAGGGAGAUUUUAGUAUCCUAAAAUAUUUUAAGUCGUUCCAAGAGAUAAAGAAAAAACCACAACAAUGUAUUCUGUUCACGAACCUUAAAUUAAACAUAUUCGAAGACACAAAAUUUCAAAUAGACGGAAAACAAUUUUACUUGAAACCUUAUAAAAUAGAAAUUGCUGAUGAUAGUUUCAAACUUUCUCAACAUAUAAAUUACUGUUAUAAAUUUCGAAUUGUAGAAGACGAAGAUGCAGGAGAAGUUGAUUCAGAACUUCAACAGUUUAAGGAAUUUCUUGAAAGCUUUAGCCUUUACUCUGAUCAACAAAGUCUCGAAACACUUGAAAAUUCUACAGCGAAUGACUUCGUGAAGAUGUUUUGGUCGAAUCAAGAAACGUUCGAAAAAUAUCUGAAGAUUAUAUCUGAGUGGGAUAUGCAAGAAGGAUCAAAAAUAAAGUUAGAUAAGAAAAUGAUGCGACGUGCAGUUGCACUUUGUCUGUUGUCUCCAUACGUAGAGAAUUUCACUUCUGGAGAAGUAAGCGAUAGAGGGAAAUUUCUUCGAGAAGCAAUUUGUCCAUUCGACAUUACGCUGUUGGAAAACGUAGAGUGCGAUGUGACUAAACGGUUGUGGGGCGACUUGGACAAGAAUAUUGACAUCGAAGAACUAAACAAACUGAGAUCAUUUAAUCGUCUUUCUCCUAAUUGUAUAUCUCGGAUGGAAGAUGUAGACGGAAAUGUGUUGGCACAGUUGUUGUGGUUGAUCGAGAAACGUCCGCUGAUUGUAAAAGAGCACGAAAAUAUAGAAAAAGCAGUUCAACUUUGUCCGGAUGGAAAAUUCGUUUUGCUUGGUGAAGGAAAAUGGAAAGAAUGGAUGAGAGGUCGCUCCGUGUUCCAGAACUUGUUGGACUUGAAAUCCGAAGAUAAUUUAUAUGAAAGAGUGAUGCAGAAUUUUACCGUUUCCUUGCAAGGGAAAGCAGUGCUUACUCUGAUGGACGCGUGUGGAAGAAAUGAAGAAUUCUUGAAGAAUAUUAGUGUAAAUAAUCUUUUAGAAAUGAUGGACGGCGCACGUGUCAUAGACGGGGUAAAAGAAGCUCUUCCCAAUCCUUAUAUUGAAAGGUAUUUGUCGUUAAAUGUGAUAGACAUUAAUUAUUUAAAACAGGUUAAUCAUAAUACGGUAGUUAUUCUAAGUUGCACAGACGGUUCGAAGGAAAUACAAAAAUUUACAAAAAUUAAACUAACAAAGUUCGAUGAUUACUUAAAUAACGCAGAGUGUACAACUUCCAAUGCUCCAAUUUUCAUUAUAAGUGAAAAUAAAUGCAGCGAAUCUGAAUUUCAGAAAAUAUGCUCUAAAACACCAGAGUCCAAGAUUGUACAUUAUUUUAAAUUUUUUAAAAAUACACAUUUAGAAUGGGUACGAAGCAGAGGCAGUGUACGAGAAUUACAAAAUUACAAAUUAUCUGAUCAUUCUAAAAACGAAAACGAGUUUUGGACUUUCGACUUUAGCAACAGCAUUUGA